GGUUUCUCAGCGCCUCACAUCUCCUCUGGACUUUACAGUGAGCACCAACAAGAAGUUAAACCAGGAUGGACGUCAAGUUACUCGCAGUCGUGGCUGUGCUCUUACUGCUCACAUACGUGCCUCCGUCGCAAGCCAAGCCCAUCAGUCUGGUGGAAAGAUGCUACUGUCGUUCAACAGUGAAAAGCCUCCCCCGUGGAUACGUCCGAGAGCUUCGCUUCAUCCACACGCCCAACUGCCCCUUCCAAGUCAUCGCCAAACUGAAGUCAAACAAGGAGGUGUGCAUGAAUCCCGAAAUCAGAUGGCUGCAGCAGUACCUGAAGAACGCCCUCAACAAGAUGAAAAAACCCAAACACUGAUGUGUCUGCAGAGAUCCUUGUGAGCCAUAAUUAAGGAUGUGGACCAUCAUGAUCAUCAUCACACAUAACUAUAUAUAAAAAGAAUCAUCACAAUUCUAUGUUGCAGAGCACUUAUCAGCCUUUUGCAUGAAAUCAAACCCACAGUGCAUCACCAAUCAUGCAGUACCUCUGUUGUGCAAACUGCCAUUAUAUCUGUGUUUGUUCUGCAAACCAUAAAUGUAUAUACUGACUUUAUCCAAAUAAAGGGCUGUUUCAAGACGUAACAAUAGGCAGCGCACGAAGAUGUAUUCCACGUUUUACAUGAAUUGGCGUUGAGGAAUUUCUCUGCUACACAAAAUCCUAAUAUUAGUCACAGUUACAAUGUUUUGGUUAUGGAAUUAAUGGCUUUAAUUGAGCAUUUCCUGAACCAUUCUCUGGUUUGAUAUAAUAUAAAGUGACAUCACGAUCACCCACACAAGUUUGUAAUAAGAACAAACUGUUUGGAAUCAUACAGCUUGAGCCUUAUCGAUCGCAGUUUGUUACCCCAAUUAAGAUCAACCUGAUAUGAAAACAUAGCAGGGAUCUAUUAAAACAAAACACAGCAGAAUAGAAACUGUCAUGCAGAUAAAAAUGCACUUUAUAUCUAACAUAGUACAUUUUGUAGCUAAAUAUUUACACACUCACAAAUGAUGUCUUCCCUCACCCCUUUGUUUAUGUUUAUAUUCUGUCAUCCCUCAAUGGACGUGUCUCUCACAUAACUUGUUGAGAAUCCGGGAAAAUAGUCAUUCACGUUGCCUUGUCAUAUGUAUAAGAAUGUUAUAUAAAUGUUUUAUUUUUGUACUCUUUAUUGCAUUUAGGCACUGUAUACUCUCACAACUGAGCCCUGCAGUCAUUUGAUUGUCACGAUUGUAUACAGUUAUUCAGUAAAGUAACCAACAAUA